UCAAAAGUAGCCGGUUAAAAACCCAAACAUUAAAACCAGGACGCCCCUGCGGUCGAGCUGGAAAUACACGCGGAGGUUUCCCGGCAGCCAAAGCCGUCUGCCGGGAGCAGGCGUGAGGCGCAGGCUUCCCUGGCGCCCACACCUCAACCCGGCACGCGCCCUCGCAGCACCUGUGCGGCCGCUCUAGCUCGGUUCCGGGUUCGCGCCUCGGUGGUGGCGUCGGAGGAACUGAAGGCCGGUCUGUUGACCCGCUUCCGGGCCCUUGUAGAGCCGCCUGAGCCCGGGCGUCAGGGGUGACUGUGGGUGGAGGAAUCGUGGUCUGAGCGUUGGAGCCAGCCGCGGGCGAAGAGGGAGCGGAGCCGCCAGCCUCCUCCCGCCGCCCGCAGAGCUGUUUGGAUUUGAGGAGAAGCAGCAGCACGGCCUCACGGCAGCAGGGAUGGGAUCAGAGAACAGCGCUUUAAAGAGCUACACACUGAGAGAGCCUCCAUAUACCCUACCAUCUGGACUUGCCGUUUAUCCCGCCGUACUGCAGGAUGGGAAAUGCGCUUCAGUGUUCGUGUACAAGCGAGAAAACGAAGACAAGGUUAACAAGGCUGCCAAGCACUUAAAGACACUCCGUCACCCUUGCUUGCUAAGGUUUUUAUCUUGUACUGUGGAAGCAGAUGGCAUUCACCUCGUCACCGAGAGAGUGCAGCCUCUGGAAGUGGCCUUGGAAACCCUGUCUCCUGCUGAAGUCUGUGCUGGGAUCUAUGACAUAUUGCUGGCUCUCGUCUUCCUUCAUGAGAGAGGACAUCUGACACACAACAAUGUCUGCUUAUCGUCUGUGUUUGUGAGUGAGGAUGGGCACUGGAAGCUCGGAGGCAUGGAGACUGUUUGCAAAGUUUCUCAGGCCACACCAGAGUUUCUCAGGAGUAUCCAGUCAGUAAGAGACCCAGCAUCCAUUCCUCCUGAGGAGAUGUCUCCAGAGUUCUCGGCCCUCCCAGAGUCCCACGGACACGCCCGCGAUGCCUAUGCCUUUGGAGCUUUGGUGGACAGCUUGCUCCCCAUCUUUAAUGAGCAGGUUUCAGCGGACGUUCUCUCCAGCUUCCUGCAGACCCUGCACUCAGCUCUGCUCAGUCCCACGCCAACAUGUCGGCCAGCACUCAGCACCUUACUGUCCCAUGAUUUCUUCAGAAAUGAUUUUCUAGAAGUUGUAAAUUUCUUGAAAAGCUUGACAUUAAAGAGUGAAGAUGAAAAGACUGAAUUUUUCAAAUUUCUGUUGGACCGAGUGAGCUGCCUGUCAGAAGAAUUAAUAGCUUCAAGAUUGGUGCCUCUUCUGCUUAACCAGCUGGUGUUCGCUGAGCCAGUAGCUGUUAAGAGUUUUCUUCCCUAUCUACUUGGACCUAAAAAAGAGAAUGCACCGGGGGAAACUCCUUGCUUGCUCUCGCCAGCGCUGUUCCAGUCACGAGUGAUCCCUGUGCUUCUCCAGUUGUUCGAGGUCCAUGAGGAGCAUGUGCGGAUGGUGUUACUGUCCCACAUCGAGGCCUAUGUGGAGCACUUUACUCAGGAACAGCUAAAGAAAGUCAUCUUGCCACAGGUACUGCUGGGCCUUCGUGAUACUAGUGAUUCCAUUGUGGCGAUCACUCUCCGGAGCCUGGCAGUGCUGGUGUCUUUACUUGGACCAGAAGUGGUUGUGGGAGGACAAAGAAGUAAGAUCUUUAAGCGCACUGCUCCAAGCUUUACCAAAACUAGUGACCUUUCCCCUGAAGGUUCCCCCAUGCAUGUUGUGUGCAGCCAGCAGAGUCGGAUCUCGAAAGUCUUGGAGAACCCUUCCUCUAAUGUAUUCCCUAAAUGGUUUUCUGGCAACAUGUCCAUCAAUAGCAGGAAGCACAUACAGGAAGAAUAUUACAGUACUCUUUUACACACAGGUGAUCAGUUUUCUCACACUAUUAAAUUCCCUAUGAAUGGACUCUCAGAUGUGAAGAACACUUCAGAGGACAAUGGAAGCUUCCCUGCAGGGUCUAAUAAGCCUGAAGAGUGGCCUGACUGGAGUGAGCCUGAGGAGCCUGAGCACCAGACGACCAGUAUUCACAUAUGGCCCCAAGAACCCUGUGACGUGGCAGAGACCCAGCCCACAAGUCUGAGCGCAGAGGAGUUGGCCUGGGAUGACUGUGAGUCUAGCUUUGGCCCUGAAGUCAACACAGCAGCCAGAGCCUCUGCUCCCAGGCCUGUCACCUCAGGGGAACAGACGCCCACUGCAGCUUUGCCUCCUCUCACUGAAGAGUCAAAGCCUGUGCAAUCCAGGCCUUCCUCAAAGACCAGUCCUAGACAGCAAGAGGAAGUCAAAGCACCCCAAGUGUCACAAGAAAGACCCCCGAAAGUUCGAUCAGAACUUGGUUUAGGAGAAGAGUUUACCAUUCAAGUGAAAAAGAAGCCAGCACAAGACCCUGAGCUGGACUGGUUUGCAGACAUGGUCCCAGAAAUUAAGCCUUCAGGUACUUUUCUUAUCUUGCCUGAACUAAGGACAGAAGGGAUGGUUCCUGACAAAGACACUGUCUCACCAGUGAUGCAGUUUUCCUCAAAGUUUGCUGCAACAGAAAUGACCGAGGGAGAGGCUGAAGGCUGGGAAGGAGAAGAGCUAGCCUGGGAAGAUGACAACUGGUGACAAUAAGGACGAACUUAGACUUCAGGAAGAAUUCUAAAAGAAAUAAUACCUCAAAGGAAGCUGCAUGGACGUAAAACCCCAAAGCAGCUUGAGUUCCAUGCCUGGAGCUCUUUUUUGCAGUCUGUGCCAACUCAAGCAGAGACCAAGCUCAGGUUGCUGACUAAGCCCUAGGUGGCAAAAGGCUCUCGGUGCCAGAUUCCAGGAGAGAGUGCCUGUGCACUGACUGCGGCCAGUUUCCAUACAGGCAAAUAGCUAAAGACGUGCUUUUUUCCAGGACAAUUCUGGAAGUAAAGAAAUAAAAAAAUUGAAGCUGGUAAGCUUAAUUUUGUGCCAUUUCUUUACAAGUAAAAGAGUAAGCUCUAUUAUGAAAUAACAAACUGGGGGAAAAACCUAGCUGUAAAUUAUAACUCCCAACUGCUAAGGCUUCUAGGCAGCUUAUCUGUUUACAGUUUGUCAUCUGAGAAAAGAAAGGUCUCUCCCCUUUGGACCUGCACAGUUACUGUUUCACCUGUAUUACACUGUACCAAAGCUCUCAAUGAGAAACACCCCACCCCAUUGCUCUCUAUGUCAAAUAAAGAUUAUUUUCACAUUUACAAAAGCUCUUUUAUGUGCUAUGAAAAUAUACAGGCAUAAUUUAUAUUCACAAUUUCAUUUACAAAAACAUCCAGGCAAGGCAUUUUGAAGAGUCAAACCCAGUUCUGUCCGAUACACAGUCUAUUCACCCUCUAAGCACACAGCAUUUUAGCUUCUCAAUCCUUUCUUGCAGUGCCCCCAGUUCCGACAGCAGCCAGGCUGGAGCACGAGAAUGUUUGAGUAAAGCCUCAGUUGUCUCCAAAGCCCUUGUUGCAGUCUGAAAUGCUGAUCUGUAUUCUUCUUCAAGGAGCAACUCCUGGCGGGCUCUCUUUGUGCAAGGCUGGAAAAUAAAGAAAACAUGAGUCAAGUGCUGCAUACUCCUUCUCAGAACAGCGGAGAGAGGCGGUAGUCACAGGGCCACAGAGGGCAGCCUCCCAACCUUAUCCUUAUCAGUAAUGACCCUAACGUGCUAACUGCUUUCCAUGUCCUAAUGGAAACGUGGCAGACAAGUACAAUCACCCUGUGUUAGGGUUCCCAAUGAUAAAUGCCGUCUUGCCUAACAGCUAUCCAUGAAUAGUCUGAAAAUAAGGAAAUAAAAUGUGAAUUUCCUAAUAAGUUCGUAAUCACUGAGAACCAUAAUAGUUUUCAGUGUGCUUUUGGAGCUAGCAAAGGAAAACAGGCUCAAAACGUCUAGCAUAGAGGGAGAAGAGGAACUGAGGUGAAACCCAGACAUGUCUAAUAACUGGUUUUUCAAAGGGAAGUCACAAUUUAAAUUCACAGGGCUCACGAACACCAUGAUUUAAGGUGAACUUUAUAUACAUUCAGGCCUACAGCUACAUCUAAGAAAACAUUCCUAUUGCACUGUAAACCUACAACACUGCUUUUCUUAUGGCCCUACAAUUCCCAAUUACCUAUGUUCAAAACACAAUUCUGAAUGAAUGUAGUGUCAAAUUUUUGCCAAUUAAUAAGUACACAUGAUAUUUGAGAAAAGUGAUUAUAAGGCUAGUUGGACAAUGAGAUGAACUGAACAAACUGAUAUCUGUGGGUCAGAAAAUGCAUUUAUGUCAUCGUUGGUACAAUAUGCAAUUACCAAUAAUAAAAAUAUAUUUGAUAUAAAGGUUA